AUGGCUAAAGCUGCUGCCGCCAAGGCUUCCCCAGUGAAGAAGGUCAAGAAGGGAGGAAAGAACAAGGACCCAAAUGCUCCAAAGCGCGCCAUGUCCGCUUUCUUCUUCUGGAUGCAGGAGAACCGUGAGCGCAUCAAGAAGCCAGGAAUGGGAGUCGCUGACGUUGCCAAGGCCGCUGGAGUCGAAUGGGGAAAACUCACUGACAAAUCGAAGUGGGAGAAGAAAGCCGCUGACGAUAGAAGAGAUACGAAACUGAUAUCGCCAACUACAAGAAGAACCAUUAGGCUGAUGUCGUGCUGCCUCCUACAUUAG